CAGCUAGUAGUAAUAAGAAAAUAGAGAAACGGGAAUAAUCAGUAAAAGUUGUCGGGGAAAUGGGAUUCUCAAUAUCAUUUUCUACUUCCACGCCCAUUAUUAACGUAUCUAAAUUAAAGCUACUUUUCUUCACUCUUGCCCCUUUUUCCUUGAAUUCGUUGGGUAUUUAAUCUGAUUGUUGAUUUCAGAGAGCUAGCGAGAAACAAAACUAAAUAGAAGAUGAAGGAUUGGGCAGCUCCGAUCAUAGCAACGGCGUUAUUCGGAUUUCUAUGUCCAGGACUAAUAUUUCAAAUGCCAGGGAAGCAUAGGCCAGUCGAUUUCAUGAAUAUGAAGACUAGUAUCGUUUCUAUGUUGCUUCACACUGUCUUCUUUGGUUUGUUUCUUAUGCUUUUCCUUGUCAUUCUCAAUAUACAUCUAUAUGCUUAAUUAAUCCAUCUUAGGAGUAAUAUUAUAAGGAGCUACAACUCUAUUUUGCAUUUAUGAAUUUGCUAGUCUUGUGUUAUGGUAAUUCAGCUUUGAUUCAGAGUUAAUCUGCACGAGCUUCUUUUGCAAGGUUUACUUUUGUAUUCUGACUGCAGUUUGAUUACUUGAAGUUUUACUCUCAUUUAUACCA